GCUGAGUCGAGCCAUCCAAGCAAGCAAGCGAGGCUACCAAUGGAGGCUGCGGCGUCGGCGUCGGCGACGUCCACGGCGGCGGUCAUGGAGCGCGAGCGCCUGACUGCAGAGAUGGCCUUCCCGCCGCCCGUCGCGAAGCGGGGCCGCGCCAGCAAGCCCGGGGAGGAGCCGCCCAGCGUCGUGAUCAAGAUCCGCCGCCGGCUGCCGGACUUCGCCCGCUCGGUCAACCUCAAGUACGUCAAGCUCGGCCUCCUCUCCGGUGGCUUCCCGGCGCCGCCGGCGCUGUUGUUGUGGGGAGUGUUCGCGGUCGUCGUCGCGGCCGCGGCUUGCGGCAGGUGGGGACGCGUCGACGUCGCCGCGCUCUACGCCGUCGACCUCGUCAGCUCCGCCGCGUGGCUCUGCUCGGCGGCGCUGCUCCUCGUUGUCGUCGUCUGCCUCAACCGUCCCCGGCCGGUGUACCUCGUCGAGUUCGCGUGCUAUAAGCCCGGCGACGAGCACCAGAUCAGCAAGGAUGGCUUCCUCGACAUGACGGCGAGCACGGGGUUCUUCAAUGACGAGGCGCUCGAGUUCCAGACCAAGAUCACCGGACGCUCGGGACUCGGCGACCGGACCUACCUGCCUCCGGGGAUCCAGGCGCGGCCGCCGCGGCUGUCCAUGGCGGAGGCGCGCGCGGAGGCGGAGGCCGUCAUGUUCGGCUGCCUCGACAAGCUGUUCGCCGCCACGGGCGUCGUGCCGAGCCGCGACGUGGGCAUCCUCAUCGUCAACUGCAGCCUCUUCAACCCGACGCCGUCGCUGGCGUCCAUGGUGGUGAACCGGUACCGGAUGCGCGAGGACAUCAAGUCGUUCAACCUCGGCGGCAUGGGGUGCAGCGCCGGGCUCAUCGCCGUCGACCUCGCCCGCGACCUCCUCCAGGCCAACGCCGACAGCUACGCCGUCGUGGUGAGCACCGAGAACAUCACGCUCAACUGGUACUUCGGCAACGACCGCUCGAUGCUGCUGUCCAACUGCAUCUUCCGCAUGGGCGGCGCGGCGGCGCUGCUGUCCAACCGCCGCGCCGACGCCCGGCGGGCCAAGUACCGGCUGCUCCACACGGUGCGCACCCACAAGGGCGCCACCGACGGGUGCUUCGGCUGCGUGUACCAGCGCGAGGACGACGGCGGGAAGGUCGGCGUGUCGCUGGCGCGGGAGCUGAUGGCCGUCGCCGGCGACGCGCUGAAGACGAACAUCACCACCCUCGGCCCGCUCGUCCUCCCGCUCUCCGAGCAGCUCAAGUUCCUCCGGUCGCUGCUGCUCCGGCGCGUCCUCCGCGCCCGCGGCGCGCGGCCCUACAUCCCGGACUUCCGGCGCGCGUUCGAGCACUUCUGCGUGCACGCCGGCGGCCGGGCCGUGCUGGAGGAGGUGCAGCGCAGCCUCAGCCUCGGCGACGGCGACAUGGAGCCGAGCAAGUGCACGCUCCACCGGUUUGGCAACACCAGCAGCAGCUCGCUCUGGUACGAGCUCGCCUACGCCGAGGCCAAGGGCCGCGUCCGCCGCGGCCACCGCAUCUGGCAGAUCGGCUUCGGCUCCGGCUUCAAGUGCAACAGCGCCGUCUGGCGCGCGCUCCGCGACGUGCCGCCCGCGUCCGCCGCCGCCGCCGGCGACGACGACGACGACGAGCGCCGCCGCGCGAGCUGCAACCCGUGGGUGGACAGCGUGGAGAUCUACCCGCCAAAAGCAUACAUUUGAUGAUCUUUUGUGUGGGACGCGAGUUAACUCCACGAGAUUUGCAUGAUGCCGUUACCCAACAAAACACUAUACAUAUAUCAUGCAGUUUUAUUAUAGUUCGUUGUCUUGUUAUUUAGAGGUAAUGUGAUGCUAAUUAUUUGCUAAUAAUUAAUUAGGAUGAGGACCAGUUCUUAAUUUGUUCUUGUAAAUGAAAAUUGUACCUGGAAUUUUGAGAUUUUGGUCCUUUAAAAAAACUUAUUUUAUAAA